UGCUUCAAUUUCUGUGCUAGGGCUUCCCCAUUUCUUCAGUCUCCCACAAGCUCUGAAACAGAAGUAAAGAGGAGAAAAACAAGAAGAAGAAGAGGAGCAAAGAAGAGAAGACAGGUUUUAACAUUGAAAUCAAUGGCGACGACAGGACAGCAGCAAGGACAAGAACAAGAACAGCAGCAGCAGCAAGGACAAGAACAAAUUAAAACAACAGAGAAGAGAAAGCCGGUGUUUGUGAAAGUGGAUCAGCUAAAGCCAGGGACCAACGGCCACACCUUAAUCGCCAAGGUCUUGUCGUCUAACAUGGUCCUUCAAAAGGGUCGAGCUGCUUCUCAACAUCUCCGCCAAACCCGCAUCGCUGAGUGCCUUGUUGGAGACGAGACCGGCACCAUACUCUUCACUGCUCGUAACGAUCAAGUUGACUUGAUGAAGCCAGGUGCCACUGUAAUUCUUCGCAAUGCAAAGAUUGAUAUGUUUAAGGGUUCUAUGAGGCUGGCUGUUGACAAAUGGGGCCGCAUUGAGGUCGCUGAUCCUGCUAACUUUGUUGUUAAAGAAGAUAACAAUCUAUCUCUUGUCGAGUAUGAGUUGGUUAAUGUAGUUGAAGAAUGAUAGAGACUGCAUGGACCUCAGUGAUUAAAUACCGAAGGAGGUUCUUAUGAAGUGGCCUAAUGAUUCUUGUUUACUCUUUGUAAUGUUGGUGAGAUGCUAUUACGGUACAAUUUUCAUUGUGAAAGUGUUGGGCUUGGUAUACAAAUCUUGCUGAUGGUUGAUCUUUCUGGUUUAUACGUUUAACAUCUAAUAGUUUAGUUUAGUAGUUAAGUAUGAAGAAGACUGUUUCUUGUGAUCAAAUUGCAUCUGGGAUUUUUAAGUGUGGAUAGUAAAAAUCCUUCUGUAUCGAGUUUUUAGUUCUCUGUUGCUUUAAAUACUCAAGUCUCGUUGGUUCUUCAAAAUGUUUGCUUCAAAGUUGAAAGAUGGCCUUGCAAGUAUUUCAAUUCCUAAA